UUCCGGGGUUACUUCCCUGUGUGUGAGUGUGUGAGCUUGUGUAUUUUGUGAUUUAAUAGUAAAAGCACUUGGGCGAACUGAGAAAUAUGAGUGUUAUGUCUGAUGACAUUAUUGGUCCGGCCCUUCCUCCGGGGUUCCAAGACAACAGAAAAAGCGACUCUGAGGAAGAAGUUGCAGGGCCAGCUCUGCCUCCAGGCUACAGGCCGAGGGACAGCUCCAGCUCCUCAGAGGACAGUGAGCCUGAGGACGCGGGAUUUAAAAGAGGCAGACUAAGUGGUCAUGCUCAGCCUCCAGGUGGCAUGACACAGGAUGACACAGAUGAUGACUGUAAACCAAGCAAAAUGCGCAGGACACAGGGAACAGAGAAAAGGAUGGAGGAGGAGGAGGAUGGCUUUUUUGGACCGGCUCUUCCUCCUGGGUAUCAGAAACCACAGGACUCUCCUGAGAGGCCUGUGAUCGGGCCAGCGCUGCCCCCUGGGUUUAAGAGACCUGCUGAUGAUGAUGAAGAUGAUGACGACAGUCAAGACGGCCCUAGCCCUGCAAUGCCACCAGGCUGCAGCGCAACGGCCUCCAGCAGUGAAGAGGAAGAAGGUGGAGUCAUAGGGCCCUUGCCCCCAAAGAGACCGGUGGAAAGCACUGUUGCCAUGGAGUUUGAGCGCCGAGCACAGAAAAUGAAGGAAAAGCUGAUUUCUGGAGGCAAUGAUGAUCCAAAAGAGCUCGCUCGGGAAACGUGGAUGACCGAACUCCCCCCUGAGUUGCAGCACUUUGGCCUCGGCCCCAGAACCUUUAAGAAGAGAUCGGGACCGGAGUGUAAAGAUCGCUCCCUGUGGACUGACACCCCAGCUGACAAGGAGAGGAAAGCCAGGGAGCGCCUGGAAGGGAAAAGGAGUCCGGAGAAGGAGGAGAUCCCACAGCUGUCGGAGAGGGAUCAGGAGAUGGCGGAGAAGGUGUCCAAGUACAAUGAUUCCAAGCGGUCCGAGUCUCUCCUCAACAUGCACACAAAGAAGUUAAAGAGGAAGACGGAGGAGGAAGUCACAAAGCCCCAGGAGAGACGGCCUUUUGACAGGGACCAGGACCUGCAAGUGAAUCGCUUUGACCAGGCCCAGAAGAAGGCUCUAAUCAAGAAGUCUCAGGAACUCAACACCCGGUUCUCACAUAGCAAAGGCACCAUGUUCCUCUAGCUGUCUGCUCUGCUCCAGGCUGCAGGCCUGACUCGACCAGAACUGGUGUGCUCUAUUUCCUUUAGGAUGAAAGUAUUAGUAGGAGUUAGAAGGAUGUUGCAGACGAUUAAUUGGAGGGCAGAGUUUUACAUGAAGAUACCAUAUAAAAUCAUGUGUGAUUUGUUUCUUGUGUGUAAGGGGGGUUUGUAAAUUUGAAUUCUGAAGAAGGUAGUUUGAACAAAAAGAGAGAGAAUCUAUUAGGGAAAGUCUUUGUGAGUUCCGUAGGUGGGAAUAAUGACUUUCAGACAGAUUUUUAAAGACGGGUAGUAUCAAAUAUCAGCCCUGUGGACAUGAUGUCGGAUUUAGUUGUAUCAUCUUACUGAAAUCUCUCUUUGCCAGAUCUACGUUUGACCAUUCACGAAACACGUUUAUGUGUGUUCAGGCUUAUCCAGAAAUGUCAUCUGGAAUUUGUUAGUGUAGAGCAGUGAUCCAAACUUCUGAUCUUGGUGAGCCACAUGCCAUGCUCUUCAUGCUUCCCAGUCUACCAGAGCUACUAAUUAUUUAAUUUAAUCCACUAUUGAUUUAAUCAGUUAAUAUUACAGCUGUUAAUUCUGUAAUCAAUGAAGAGUUUUGGAAGUUCCUUAUAAAGCCCACAGGGAUGAGCAGUGCCUCUUCAGGACUAGGAGAGUGAGGACUCCUGAUCUAUACAAUUUCUUAGGAUUCAUUCCAGUUCUACAAGGUUCUUGAUUCAUUAUAAAUCUGUGGGUAGCACAUUGUUAUUUAAGGGACAUUUGACUUUCAGAGUUUAUUUUCUAAGAGAAGCUGUUUUACAAGCCAUAACAGAUCUGGAUCAUGCAAAGAGGACCAUCUUUAUAUUUAUUUUCUACUCCGAAUCAAAUGUUACGGAAGAAACCUUGCACAAGGUUUUCUGCUCCCCUCUUCACUUAACAUUUUCAUGUCAGGAAAUCUAGCACAGCCUGAUAGAUUCUGAAUCCAGUUGGGAUAAGACGCACUGCAGUUCAUCACAGGUUUGGAAAGAACACCACUGAUUGCAGUGUAAAAAAAAGGCAAACUUCUGCAGUGACCAGGCCAUUUUGGUCUUACAUUAAAUCCUAAUGCAUAAAGACCAAAACAGCAAUUACUGUGAGAAAAAAAUCUAAUGUUUUUCAAAUAAGGUAUUGCCUGUUGUGGAGAAAAAAACCUAGAAAUAUUGCAUCACAGAACAUUGUUAGUGUUUAAUGUAAAUAUGUUUAAGUGGAUUAUUUUUCUGGGUAAUUCUUUCAAAAUAGCUAUUUUAAGAUGUUUAAGUGUACAAUGUAUUGUAUCUUGAAAUUAUCCUUGAAAUGCAUUUCUGCUAGUUUCUAUUAAUACAAUGAAUGUAGUUUUUCAGUCCAUCACAUUUUACAUGUUUUUUUAAUUAAAAGUUUUUGAAAAUG